AUGUUGGUGUCGUUGAGUAUUGGGUUUUUGUUCGGGGUAUUGGCGAUUUUGGGCGCUGAAGCCGUGCUACUCUACUUGGUCAUCAACAAAUUACAAUUCAAAACCAAAAAGCCCCAGCACACAGAUAUCCCAAAAUCUCAGGAAAUCCCUCGCCAAUCCCUAGAAUUCAAACAGGGAGUUGUUUGGGUUCUAGAACCAGAAAAAGUUCCAAAAAUAUGGCAGGAUAGAGUAUCAAGAGAGCAAAAGAGAAAGAAGGAAUUCUACGAGAUUUCUCCUAUUAAAAAGUAUGCAAAAUUGAAGAAUCAACUACUCCUUCUUACAGAAUCAGAUGGUUCCCAGUCAGCCGUUCCGUUAAAGAGCUGCACUGUUGAAGCGGUUUCUUCCACUAGUCUUGCUUCUAGAAAAUGGGCCAAACGGUUCCCAUUAAAAUUGGAAAGCAAGACUACCAUAAUCUACAAGGGAAGUAAGAUAUUCUAUAUAUAUCUUGAAACUUCAUGGGAGAAGGAAUCAUGGUGUAAAGCUCUACGUUCAGCAUCUUGUGAUGACAAAGAGAAACUUGACCGGUUUGCCAAGUUGCACGAACAAUUUCAAUGUUACUUGACAUUGUUAAAUGCUGGAUACCCCUCAUUCAUGAAAUAUUCUGGAGUGUUAUCUGCUACGGAGUCUGCUGAUAGGGCAAGCAGAAUUGAUGGUACUUCCUCGAAGGUUCGUCUGUUCUUGAAAAAACUCACUAAGAAGAAUACUAAAGUUGGCCCAGAUAACAAGCUGAGCUGGAUUUCAUCCUUAGGUCGCGAAGAAAGGAAGGUGUUUGAGAAAUUUCGACCAUGCCAGGAUUCUGUUUCUGUGAUUAGCUCGGGUGAUCCUAGUCCACCAGUGAAGAGAGCUCAAAGUUUUUCUGAAGGGAAUACGGCUAUCCCACUAUCGUCAACCUUAAUUCAUACCGGUAGCCAAAGUCAUACUUCUGUCAUAUCCGAUGCUGACUCUGAGGAAAAGCUUAAUAGUGAUGAUGGAACACUUUGUUUGAAUUUGUUACUUUCACGGCUAUUCUUUGACGCCAAAAGUAGCAUGGAGAUGAAAACAUCCAUACAAGCUCAGAUUCAGAGGACAUUGUCCAAUAUGAGGACCCCGAGUUAUGUAGGUGAUGUGAUCUGUACAGAACUUAAUAUUGGGAAUCUCCCACCUUAUAUACAUGGCAUGAGAGUCAUCCCCAUGGACAUGAGUGAUGUGUGGGCUUUAGAGGUUGAUAUUGGGUAUUAUGGUGGUGCGGUGUUAGACGUUGAAACAAGAUUGGAAGUUCGUGAAUUAGAUUUCCCUAAAGGCAUUGGGGAUGCAAGUUCCGAUUCAGGCUCUGCUAGGGAUAUGUCAACCGAUCUUUUUGAAGAAUUUGAGUAUUUUGGAAAGCAUUUGAAUCUUGUUGAAGGUGAAGUUGAUGCAGUAGAGCCUAAGGAGGAGUGCGAUCCAAAACCAGAUGGAUUAAAAAUCUCUAAGAGCAGUAUGCCUGCAUCAAGUAAUGGAUCUAGGUGGAAAUCGCUUCUAAAUUCUAUAGCCAAACAUGUUUCCCAGGUGCCUCUAUCUUUGGCAAUAAGGAUAACUUCCCUUCGAGGAACAUUGCGGUUACACAUCAAGCCGCCUCCUUCAGAUCGGUUGUGGUUUAGCUUUACAUCCAUGCCUGAUAUUGAUUUCAACCUGGACUCAUCAGUGGGAGAUCACAAGAUUACUAGUGGCCGCAUAGCUUUGUUUCUGAUCAGCCGAUUUAAGGCCGCCAUCCGUGAAACCCUAGUGCUUCCAAACUUUGAUAAUGUAUGCAUACCAUGGAUGCUUGCAGAAAAGGAUGACUGGGUACCUCGGAUGAUUGCUCCUUUCAUAUGGGUUAACCAAGAAUCCAUGAAUGAUUCCCCUACUAUUCUAUGUGAAGUGCCAACUGAGGAAAAAUACAGGACGGAAUCUGGUGGGGGAACCUCUAGUGAUCAAUCACAGGGCAAGAAUCAAAAACUAAAAAAAGCCGAUUCUGUUGAAAAAAAGAGGCAUGAAUCCACAAAUAUGUUAGCCUUUCAAGUGAGUUCCAAUGAUCUGUCAGCUGGGACUAGCAAUGGGACCAGCCGAGAACUAAGAACUCCAUUAUUGGUGAAUGGUGAACCGCAAGAACCUCACACACAAAAGCUAGAUGAUAUGGUGGAGUGUCAAUCUCCAUCGAGGUCUCUAAUUUUGUUUGAUAAGCAGGGUAGUCUUGACAGUGAAGAGUGUAAUAACCCCAAUUUUUCAAAACGAUAUUUGGUUGAAUUAAAUUCUAUUAAGUUGUGA